AUGAAUAAAUUAGAAGGUCUUAAACAAAAAUGGACUCUUUAUGAAGAUGAAAUGAAGAAAGAAGUCCAAGAAAAUGAAAAGAAAAAUAACGUAAUUAUUGAAGAAACAAAACAAAAAGCAAAAGAAGUUAAACAAAUAAGACAAAAAGGAAAAGCCAUCAUUCUUGAAAUCCAAAGUCUAGAUGAAGACAUUAAAGAAAAAGAACAAGUAAAUGCAAGACUCGAUAAAAGAAUGCAAAGACAAAUAUAUAUUGAUAGAACUAUUUCUAUGACUAAAUUCUUAAAGAAACAAGACAAAGACCUUGAAAAGAUAUUCAACGACACAAAUAUUAUAAAAUCUGAUUUAACUCAAUUGAAAAUCAAAGUCUCUGAGAAUUAUAUCAAUCUUAUUAGACUAAUUAGAGAAAAUACAAAAUAUAAAGAAGAAACAAAACAUUCACUAAUCACUCAAAUAACUAAAAUGAAUGAUUUGUUUAGUUCAUUAGUUUCAUUAGAGACUCAACGAGGAGAACUCAACUCAACUACACUUCUCAGUCAAGAAAAAUACGAAAAAACACAAAGUAGAGUUGAAGAAUUAGGAUAUGUUGAUGUUAAAAAAGACUUUGAUGAACUACAUAAAUUUAAUCUUGAAAUGAUAAAUAAAAUAAACGAAUUCAAUCAAAAACAAGAAGCUUAA